AUGGGCGAGACGUCCGCGGCCGACGACACGGUCACGAAGGCCUACUGCGAGUUCCUCAAGGCGGCUAUCCACCAGAUCCUGUUCGAGCGCAAGGUGUACAGCGGGUCCCUGUUCGAGCGCACACGCGCGUACGACGCGUCGGUGCAGCGCUCUCGGCACCCCGGGGUGUGCGAGUACGUAAGUGCGAGCGUGGACGCGCUCGCGCCGGGGAUCCACGCGGGACACGUGCCGCGCGUCGCCGUCGUCAUCCGGUCGCCGGCCGGGGCGGCGCUCGAGCGGUGGGUCUUCGAGGCGACGGUCUCGGGGGGCGCGCGGGGCGAGGGCGUCGACAGCGCAGCGCUGAAGGAACUGAAAGAUGCCUUUCGAUCUGUGCUGGUCAAACUCCAGUACGUCAACGCAGACUUCAAGGAGCUUGCGCGAGGCAGCUCAUUCGAGAUCGUUGCGUUCACACGCGACGUGACGGGCUGGAACCCGCCCCCGGACUGGUACGACGGGUCCGCGGGCGAUCCCGCCGUCAGCCCCAGCUCCCCCGCGCUCGUACCAGUGAAGUCGGUGGGCUGCGCGGGCCUGAACCUCCAGGCGUACGCUGAAGCCUCGUGA